CGGGUUCACCGCCGCCCCACGCGCUGUGUUUACUACAGCCGGUGCCUUCUGGCUGGUGGCGGCGAUGCCACCGCCUGUCCCCGCAGCCCAGGGCGGCUCCUCCGUGCCGGAGGGGCGCGGGGAGGAGAAGAAGGCCACUGCUCCGCCCGGGAAGCAAGGGGGGAGCAGCCGGACACCCCCUGCGCGCACGGGGACAGCGUCCCCUCUGCCGCAACCGCCCGGACAGCCGGGCCACCGGCCGACACCUCCGUUGGCUCCCCCGCAAGCUCCCGGUCCGCCCCUUCCCCCCAGCCCCGGGAGAGCCAAACAAAAGGGAACGGAGGGACCAAAGGACAGCAAUCCCCUUCCGAGGGUCCCCGUCCGAGGGUGGCGAGAGACACCGCGCCUCGCAGGCAACCCUGCCCCAGGGAGGUGGCACCGGGCUAGUACGUAAAGCUCCAAGACACAGCGAAAGAGUUCUCAGGAUGCCAGAGCCAGCAAAGUCAACCUCAGCUCCCAAAAAGGGCUCCAAGAAAGCUGUGACAAAGACCCAGAAGAAGGGUGAUAAAAAGCGUCACAAAAGCAGGAAAGAGAGCUACUCCAUCUAUGUCUACAAGGUGCUGAAGCAGGUCCAUCCUGACACUGGCAUCUCCUCCAAGGCCAUGGGCAUCAUGAACUCCUUCGUCAAUGACAUCUUUGAGCGCAUUGCUGGAGAAGCCUCCCGCCUGGCCCAUUACAACAAGCGUUCCACCAUCACAUCCCGGGAGAUUCAGACAGCCGUGCGCCUGCUGCUCCCAGGAGAGCUGGCCAAGCACGCGGUCUCAGAGGGCACCAAGGCUGUCACCAAGUACACGAGCUCCAAAUAGCCAGACAUCCCCUCUGCAAAUGGGACCAUCGAGCACCGGGCCCUCCACACCAGCACAGGUAGGCAGCCAUGGUCUGGAUGAAUGGUCACAGCUAUUAUCCACAGCAAUUUGCAGCCUGGGGAUGGGCAUGAGAAGCUGCCCAGACAAAGAGGAGACAGCAAUCUGGAUGUCAGCUGAUUUUUAUCAUCUGUUCAAGAUGUGGACAGGAUUUGUCAAAGCUGGUAGUGGAGGCCCCUGCUUUUACAUCUCAUUCAAAGAACUGACCAACCAUGGUAUAUCCAGUCUCCUCUGUGCUUGGCAAACAUUCAUGUUUGGCACUGGGAGGGGGGACUGGCAGCGGCAACACAGAGACACCAUCACCAAAGUCUUCCUGUUUGACUGCUUUCUCACAGUCAUCUGAUAUGGGUACUGAAGAGUCAGCGCUGCAUCCUCUCUCUCAGAGCCUGAAUCCCUCCUGGUGUGCAGUGGCUCAGCCCACCCUGUGCUGGCAGAAGUGGCAUCAACAGCUAUCAGGCACAUAUUGAUUCAACAGCUAUCUGUGCUUGACAGCCUGUUUUAAAGAGCAAGCCUGGCAGGCAGGCAGGCAGAUGCCCACGUUGAUACCCAGCGCUAAUCCUCCUCCUUGCUCCUGAUGGAUGAGCCAUGGAGCAAGAUGAGGGCGCUGGCGCAGCUGCCCACUGCCUCCCACCUUGUGCUGAGGUGGAGGGAUGGACAAGGUGGGAUGUUGGGAGUGGGUCUCUAUCUUUCCUGGCUGCUGCUUUGCCUGCCUUAGGACUUGCUUUGGCAUGCAAGACAUUGCUAAUUCUGCUGCUUUUCAGAGACUUUUCCUGCCUUGAUGCUGCCUGGGUGUUCCCUUCCACCAUAAGUGUGGGCAAGAUGGGGUGGUGCCCAUGAGGGUCCCCUCUCCUGUGAGCAAUAGGGUGGUGCAGGACAAACAGCAUAGAUGUUUUGGGCAGGGACUGAGGAUUUGGGAAGGCAUCUGGUGUGGGAGCACAGGUGGUUAGUGCAUUUUGAGGGGUGGGAGGAAGCUCACUCCCCACAGAGAUCACUGCAGGCAGCUCUCCCGGCCCUGCCCUCCCUAAUUCAUUCAGCAGUUAGAAAGCAAAAGCAAAACUGGGGGCAGGGUGGAUAUAUAGGGACUCUUGCCUGCAUCCCAGAUAUUUAAAAGAUUAAAUAGUUUUAAACUGCUUGAGAUACUCCCCAUAUCUUUUCAAAGCCCACAGUAAGAAGAGCAAUAAUGAAAUCGCGAUAAAGCCAUAGAGAUUAAGGGAGGAAUGUCUUGGUUAUAGGUUUAUCUUGCCCAGACUGCUGGAUAGCAGAAGGGCCUGUGUAGAACUGGUGUGAAGUUGAAGCUUCCUACUCAAAACACAAAAUUAGCCAACAUUAAAAAAAAAAAAUCAAAGUCUCUGGUAGGCAACAACACUCAAAUAAAAAUAUUCAUGUCUAAAAUAACAACAGCUUUCUGCAACUUACUCUGUAAAUAAAAGAAGCAGCAAGGAAAUAGGGUCCAGAACUAAGUGCAGAUUCUCCCUAAGCUUCAAGACCUUGUUUUUUAUUAAAAGGUAAAUUCAUAUCCCAAAUUAGCUAGCAGCUAUGCAGUACAUUUCUGUCUUUCCCCUGCAUUUAUUUCUAUCCUGUUUCUUUACACUUUGAGAGUGUUUAGGACCUUUGGCAAAUUUAUGUUGCUUUUGGAGCUGUAGGACUCUGCAGCUCCAGAAGAUUCGCAUUGCAGUCAUUUUUCCAGUUGGUCUGAGGCAUAGCCCUGCUCAGAAGUCUGAGAGCAGCCUAGGGUCUCAUAUGGUCUCUGUGCAAGAGUGAAGGUCAGUUUGUUUAUGGGCUGCUUGCACACCCCUGCUUUGGGUGUGAGCACCCCACAAUUGAGAGGGGGCUUUCCGCCCACGCUCUGCUCAGCGAUACCACACAGCUCUGUUUCAUGGCCUAGUGCCAGCAGGAAUCUCUGUUGGUAGCUCUCAGAAAGAACAAAACCCAGCUCCCUGAGUGCCAGCACACACAAGGAGCAGCUCCCAGCAACAGCACCUGUAUUCAGUAUCAGUAGCAUUGGUAACCUGGGCCUCUUGGCCAGGACACUUUGUAGGUGACAGCUUAGUACUUCCUUUUGUUUCCAAUCAAAUAGUCAAAAUCAGAUACCAAAGAUUAACAUGUACCUGCAGUGGGCCUAGAGCCACCAUCCUUGACACCUCUGCCACAAGAAAUCCAAGCACUGGAUGAUGCAUCAGGGGGACUCUUAGGAAGGAAGGGCUGGAUGGCAUUGCUGGAGCUUUCUUCUUCUGUCCCUCUGAGCUGCAGGUCAGAAUUCAUCCCUGUGGGGAGUCCUCUUGAAGGCAGGAAUUCAGAGUAGAAUGAACCCACUCCAGUCCAAGCAGUGUGUUUGAGCCAGGACACACAUCUCCCAUGAUCACCUGGCACAGCCUCUACACUCUCACUCUUUUGAGCAGAGCAGAGUCCCACUUGAGUCUCCACAGGCUGCAAGAAAUCAGGAAAAUGAAAUGAGGUAUUGGCCCUCCAGGGUCUCCUGGGCAGCUCAGGGAGCAGGAAUGAGGCUGGGCACUCAGAUGAGAGCUGCUCACUCCAUACUCAUACUCAGAGUCCUGGUCCCAUUUUCUUCUGCCGCUGUUGUCAUUCUCCAUUUUUGGAGAUUGUUUCAGAGGGAGGAGAACCAGUGAUUUCAAGCUACAAAAAUACUUGAAGGCUUAAAGAAGAUUUUUAUAUUGUCUAAAAGCCAAGUGACUGAAACUGAUCAUGUCCAUGCAUUUAUAGUUUAGGUGGUCUUUUAUGCCUCAUUUGCUCUUCACUGUCCGUUUGUAUUUUUUUUUUCACUCACUCCUGACAAUGUGAAGCAUUGAGGAACGGAUCCAUGUUAAAACAAACCUUUUUUAUUUUUUUCCUUUCUUUCAAGCUUUGUUUUAACCCUGUUCUGGUGGCUGCUCUGUUCUGUCACUGUUGUACAGAAAUUUGCACCAGCAAAGGGAAGGGAUGAUCCAGGGAAGGCAAAGCUGGUAUAAGCUAGGACUGACACAGAAAGAAUUUGGGAAGUUAAUGUACAGAUUGAAAGUUGGAAAGUAAGAUGAAAAAAGUAAUACAGCCUUGAUACUAACCUCAUAUUAACCCCAAGGAUAUCACUGCACUGAGUUAUUUGUUUUCAUCUACAAUUUAAAAGAGAAAAGCUGCUGUAGAUCUUCUGAUUUCCCACCCUGCUUCCCUAGAAAGGUCUAAAGUCCAUCUGCCUUUCACGACAGAGUUCAACCUAUAGAGGAACUGAGAGGCCACCUACAUGGAGGCUUGCUCCUGCUCAGGACAGACAGGUUUUUAGUCAAGCAUGGGGAAAACGAGCAAAAACAAGUUUGGAGGAUGAGUGCCUGUCCUGGACACAACUGUGUGCCCCACAAAGGGACACUAAAGAGUCCUGCCCAGUGGAGUUGUGUGGCCUGUGCACCCUUCAUUCUGGUGAGAGGCAGCCAUAUGGGUCGCCCCAAGUCCUGCCACCCCUGGAGUAGAGUUUGGCAUGGCCUCUGCAUAGCCCUGAGCAUCUGUUCCAACAUAGCAUUUCCUGACGAUUUACAUCCAGAUCAAAUUGUUUACAAGGAAAGGAAGAAUGGGAACUGAAUAUUAAAAAUCACUUAAUGACAUAAUUUGGAGAGUUUCCUGGGACCACCACCUCAGGAGCAAUCUUUCAUGCUUACUCCGUGCAUGGUAUCUCUUGGGCUUAUGUACGCAGAGUUUUUCUGACAAUAAGUGUUACAUCAAGUAUGAUCCAUGUUAUAUUGCUGCUGGGUUAUGACCUUAGUGCUAAUUACCUGCUUUCUGUUAAGUGUCUAAAUAAAAUGUAACUUCCAACCUGUUGGAAGUCAAUGGUACCUA